UCUUCGUGAAUGCUGCAUGAUUUGCACUUGUGUGCACGAAGACGGCAGAACUGGUAGGAAGAGUGCACGAGGAAGUGCGUCCGUUCGAGGAUUGUUCCAAAGAAAUGGGAGAGAUAACAAAAGCGAAAAGAAAGAUGAACUCACAAGUUGACACGAGAUCAGUACUGGAAACAGCCAAUGAGAGGGCUUCGACAAGGAGAGCGUUGUUAACUGUUGGAUUGAUCUUUAUAGUCUCACUGACUGCAUUGUUUUAUGUAUAUAUGAGCUUCCCAAAAUUAGAAGAAGAUGAGAAACAACAUAUGAAGUUGCCACUUUAUAUAGAGGAUGCUAAAAAUCUUGGCAAGUUAUUAGGACGAUACAAGGAUCUCUAUUACUUCCAAGUUUUAGCUGGAGUAUUCAUCACAUACAUCUUCCUGCAAACGUUCGCCAUUCCCGGCUCCAUCUUUCUCUCGAUACUGUCGGGAUUCCUGUUCCGCUUCCCGGUUGCGCUUCUGCUCGUGUGCACAUGCAGCGCGAUCGGCGCCACCCUAUGCUACCUGCUGUCCUCGUUGUUGGGCAGGCGACUGUUGUACCGAUACUUCCCAGAGAAGGCGAACGAGUGGACGGUGAUAGUGAGCAAACAUCGCGACAAUCUGCUGAACUACAUGCUGUUCCUCAGGAUGACGCCGUUGCUGCCGAACUGGUUCAUCAAUCUGGCCAGUCCGGUGAUCGGCGUGCCGAUCACGCCCUUCAUCGUUGGUACUUUCUUCGGGGUCGCGCCGCCCUCCUUCGUAGCCAUACAAGCCGGACAGACGCUGCAUAAGCUGACAUCAUCCAGCGACGCGUGGUCGUGGAACAGUAUUAUCAUGCUGUGCGCAUUCGCGCUGCUCUCGCUGGUGCCUGUGUUGUACAAGCAGAAGCUCAAACAGAAGUUCGAGUAAGCGCGAAUCGGACGCCCCCGAUGGUGCGAUAAGACUCGAGCGUGACAUUCCGAUAUCUCACACAAGCGGAGGAGACCUUUCCUCGACAAUCGCACGCCGUCAUGGAGGAGCGAAAUACUCUGUCCAUUGAAGUCUUAGGGGAAGUUUAUGGGAUCCGUGCGAGUAAUGCAAAUAACCGGGCAGGCAUGAGAAGCGCGAAUUCGCUCCUCCGCCCUGAUUAUUAUUUGCAUCUGCACGCACGAAUCGCACGUACGGGUAGGGUAGUAGUGAAUUUCCACAAGCACAAUUUACGCAUAACUUAUUUAUUAUAUUAUCGUUGUUCAUUUCUACGUGUAUUUUACUUAGAUCACGAGUAUCGUUUAGGAAGAAAUUUAUUUAAAUUGUGAUAAAGAUUGCGAAGGAGACGGCUCGUGAGAAGCCGCAGCUCACUUUAUCGCGCGCCUAUGAAUUUGUGAAUUUAAACACGCCUAUAUUUUAGACAAUAUCACCGCCGAAAAGUGAUCUCAGGUAAUUCCUUUGGUAGGCCGCUAAAAUUCACUUCGAUUCAUGCGUUACCGCAAGAGAAGAUAUUACACU